CACCGUCAACCGAACCACACCCCGCGCGCCACGCUCCGUCGCCCCCACGCACGCUACUCCGGCACCCGCCUCUCGCCAUGGACGCGGCGGAGAGGAGGCUCGCCCGCGUCACGGCCCACCUCCUGCCCUCCCUCCCGCUCCCGCUCGCCUCCGCCCCUCCUCUCGCGCCUUCCCCCACCGCGUCUUCGUCGCCGUCGUCGUCGCCAGCGUCAGACAGCUACCGACGGGUCCACGGUGACGUGCCGUCUGAGCCGCCGGAGUGGCGCGCAGCGACGGACGAGUCCGGGAAGGGCUUCGUCGACAUCCUCUACGAGAAGUCCGUCGGCGAGGGCAUCGCCAAGAUCACCAUAAACCGGCCUGAUAGAAGGAACGCAUUCCGACCAUUGACCGUGAAAGAGCUUAUGCGCGCUUUCGAGGAUGCUCGAGAUGAUAGUUCAAUCGGAGUUAUCAUAUUAACGGGGAAGGGGACCAAGGCCUUCUGUAGCGGCGGUGACCAAGCGUUAAGGGACUCUGAUGGAUAUGUUGAUUUUGAUAGCUUUGGUCGGCUCAACGUGCUAGACCUCCAGGUACAAAUACGGCGCCUUCCCAAGCCUGUUAUAGCAAUGGUUGCUGGUUAUGCUGUUGGAGGAGGCCAUGUUUUGCACAUGGUGUGUGAUCUAACUGUUGCAGCUGACAACGCAAUUUUUGGGCAGACAGGUCCCAAGGUUGGAAGCUUUGAUGCUGGCUAUGGCUCUUCCAUUAUGUCUCGGUUGGUAGGACCAAAGAAAGCCCGCGAGAUGUGGUUUCUGUCACGGUUCUAUACGGCCGAUGAGGCAGACAGAAUGGGUCUCGUCAAUGUAGUAGUGCCACUCGCGGAUUUGGAGCGAGAAACGGUGAAAUGGUGCCGACAGAUCUUAAGAAACAGCCCAACAGCCAUCCGGGUGCUGAAGUCUGCACUCAAUGCAGCUGAUGACGGUCAUGCUGGCCUUCAGGAGCUCGGUGGUAACGCGACACUGAUCUUCUAUGGCACUGAAGAGGCAAAAGAAGGCAAGAAUGCAUACAUGGAGCGACGGCGCCCUGAUUUCUCAAAGUUCCCUCGGAAACCUUAGCGAACUGCUACUCAAAUAUCGUUUCGUCGUCAACUCUGCCGGAAGCAUUAGCUGCACGUCCCAAUGAUUGCCAGCCCUGGUGGACGGAUGAGGCAUUGGGGGCAGCAAGAUCGUUAUCCUGGAGUACAUGUCAUCUUCAGUUGGCAUUUUACAGGGGUAUAAAAUGCGAUGCUUGCGUACGUGUAAAUAAUAUUGCUUCUGCGAAUAAUGGCUGGUGCAUCAGUUUCUUUUUAUACAUCUCCUAUUGCAAUUCGCCGGUUUUCCCAUUUGUCCUUUGGGCUCUUGAUUGUUUUUAUGAGCACUUUCAUUAUCAAUGUUUUACGUUGAACCACUCUCAAAUCAAUCUUUCCACUUUGAU